AUGUUUGGUUGGGACGAAAGCCGCGACGCUCACCAGCAAGUCUACCAAGGGGACGAGGACCACCAGGCCAAAUUCUCCCAUGAACUCAUUGGUGGCGCAGCCGCCUUCGAGGGCAUGAAACUCUACGAGGACCGACAACGCAGGGAAGGCAAGACAGUCAAUCACGGCUUUGCCAAAGAACUCCUUGCCGGCUUUGUUGGAGCCGAAGUCGACAAACUUGCCGAGACCAAGGGCUUGGAUGAAUAUGACAAGAUUAGGGCCAGAGAGCAUGCUAAGAGAAGCGCCGAGAACAUGUACGACCAACAUUAUGGGGACAUGGAUCAGUAUGACCCAAAUCAACGUGACCAGCCAAACUUCAACUACUGA